CUGUUGUCUGUUUAUCUCUAUAUUCGUGUUUGAUGGAUUUGUUCUGCGAAACUUUGCAAUAUGUGAUUUUUGUUUUGUAAAAUACAUAUAACAUUGGAGAUUACAAACGUUUGAAAUACUAUAUCCCAGCAAAUAUUUGAAUUAGUAGAUAAAUGAAUCGAGAACUAGUUGAAAACAUAUUGACCGUGCUUAAAACUUCCACGGACAAGAAUGUAGUAAUCAAGGGUCUUGUAAAACUACGUACAGAUGUAGUUAAGGAUCGUGACGGUAUUGUACUUUUCCGGCUAGCUGGUGGUGUUCCACCUAUGGUACGAUUUUUAAAUAAACCACAUGAGAAAAUUCUGGAAGUAGCCUUGAGUGUACUUGGAAACUGUUGUACCGAUGAAGAAAGUUGUAAAGAAGCUCUUCAUUGCAAGGUAGCUUUUCCGCUCACCACUAUUUUAAAAUCAAUUCCGAACCCUGUUAUACAAUGCCGUGCUUGCCGUUUACUAGGAAAUCUCGCAAAAGGAUUUUCAAGUCAAUUGCUAACGGCACACUGCCCUGCCAUUGCUCAAGCAGUUUGCCAAAUCAUUAAAGAAACGAGCGAUGUGAAUACACGUCUUAUGGCUUUUCGUGCUUGUCGGUUCCUAUUGCCAAGUCAACAAUUCGCACAGCAUUUCCUUGCAGCGAAUGGUUUCAUAACAACGUUACGUAUUUUAACAGCUGUCAUGAAAACAGAUCAUCCUGCUACAGCACAAGAUGAAUUGCUAAAUGCUAAAGGUGACAAUAUUGUUGUUGUGGGUUUAAAAAACAGCCAACAUCGUGAAAAGUAUUUUGAAGAGGUAGCGCGUAAUUUAGAAGGUGUACGUAGUGACAUAUUCGACCAUGAAAUGUUGAAAAACCAACCGCGCGCUUUGGGUGACUACUCAAUGCCUGAGGAAAGAGCUGCUUUGGACUUAGCUGGCGAAAUAUUUAAAUGCUUGUUAGUUUUGGCAGAGUUAUCCAUUGGUCCCUCUGCGUGGAAGGCUUUAAACAGCAGUGGAUGUACUUUUGCCCCUAUAACAUUUUUUAUUACUGAAGAAAAUCCCCAGCGGGGAAUGGCUUUGAAAAUUAUAUCAAAUUUCUCAAAGCAAUGGGAUGCAUUUCAUAUGCUAAGCUCAGCAGAUUCGGUUGUUGCUGCCUGCGAGCUGCUUGUUGCCCAAAACAUGACAAGACCUUUAACUGAGAGUGAAAAACGACAUUGUAUUCAUAUUAUCUGUAUGCUCUCCCCAGAUGCUUGCAAUCGCUCCAAGAUACGUCGUUCCGGUGCUUUGCGAAAACUCAUUGCAAUGGUGCGCGAUUCACAGUCGAAUACGGAAAAGUCUCAGAUUUUAUAUUUACUGAACAAUUUUCAAUACGAUAAUAUGAGUAUGGACCUAAUGCUCAGAGAAGGUCUGGUGCCAGUCAUUAUAGGCGAACUGAACACUUUCUUAACCAGCGACGACGAAUAUCACAAGAAAAAACGUGAAGAAAAGCAACAAAGUUCGAAGAAACGAAAACUACCUAAGGAAGAAAGCAGAGAAACAAAGAACAAGCUGAUUAAGGUUCAGGACAAGGCAUUCCUGAUUGAUUGUGAGUCGCCCAGUAGUUCACCACGUUCAUAUAAUGCACCUUCCAGCCCAUGUAGCUCUCGAAGCAUGUCGCCAGUUGGUAACAAUUUAUUUAAAUCUGAAGAAGAUGCAUCCGACGACGAAACAUAUUCACCUGUUUGUAGUGACGAGGAAGAUGACGAAGAGCCGAUGCCGGCUGAAAUAAAUAACGAGAUUAUGCCAUUGAAUGUUGUAACUGUCGAUAACCCUAAUUUCCCGAUAAAUCACAAUAGCACUGCAGAUAAUUCGGAAAUUAUGAGACUCCUAGACAUUGCCAGCCAAAUAAAUGAAACAAUCGAAGACAACAUGCUUGAUAAAGAAGAAGACGACGAACAGAGUCAAGAUGUACUAUAUCAGAAACUCCCAGAAUUGGGAAACAUGCCUCGAAGUACCUUGGACCAUUUGGAAAAUCUACUCUUUCGCGUUACACUGCUCGUCAACAAGAGGGGCGAGUUGGGAAAAUCGGAAACUAUGAACACGCUUAUAAAAGCCAUCAAUGUUUUUGGCGCAAACAAUAAUUUCGCUAGUUCCUUAACAAAUAUCUUGCAGGAAAGUCAGUUCUUCGCUCAAGUUAUACGAAGUGGCAUAGCGCACCAACUUUACCAAUUGACGAAAAGUGAAGAGGUUAACAAGGACGGAUUGGGAUUUUUGGUGACCCUAACAUGUGUUGGCGAAUCCAAUUAUGGGAAAGCGGAACUGGCGCGCUUUUUACGCAGUGAUGAUGAGGAUGCUCAGAAACGAGCAGCCAUCACCGUUGCAUACAUUAUUAGAAGUCAACGCCUACUGUAUCAGUUCCUAAACGAUGGCAAUGCACUUAGUCUGUUGUUACAAAUUAUUUUAAAUGCCAAAAGUGAUGAGUUCACUGCCGAAGCAGCUGAUGCAUUAACCGCCAUGGCAAGAUAUACUCUCGGCAUUUCAGUGCCUCGCAUUAAUGAAGCUGAGCGUGUCAACGAGAGAUAUGAAGAGUUCGUCAAUAACGAAACGGAGCCCUUACACAGUGAUUGUGAUAUGCGGUUUGUGGUGCACAUGAAUAACUCCAAGUCAGAGGCUGUUAAAGAAGACAAACCCGUGGCAACUGUUGAUGAAGUUGAGCGGGUAGUCGAAUUUAAUAAGGAGCUACUAUGUAAUACCAGCGAAGUAUUCAAUACUAUGUUGAAUAGUGAUUUCAGAGAACGAAAUGAAGGCGAAAUUCAUUUACGCACAUGCUCUGUGAGCGGUUUGCGCUACUUCCUCAACUUAAUUGUGCGACGGUCGAAAAAUUUAAAGUACAAUAUACCGUGCAAAGAAAAUUAUAAUGCCAUCCUUGAAGCUUUCGAAAUGGCACGUGUCUACAUAAUAACCGAAAUGGAAACAUUCUUGCAACAGAUGUUGGUGGGAUUGCUGGAUGACACGAAUUGUCUAAACGUACUGGAAUGGUCACUUCGCAACUACCAUGCCGAAUUGACCGAGACCGUUAUAAACUAUUAUUUGUGCUCAUCUCUGACCACAGAAGCCAAAGUUAAGUUAUUCCACACCGCCGAUUACUCAGAAUUCUCCACCGAGUGGUUUCAAAUGAUUAUCGACACAAUUUUAACACGCUGCCGAAAUGGAUUUGAAUGGAAGUAAUAUUUUUGUUGCACAAAUUAGUUUAAUUUAACUAUAACGUUUAAAUUGAUCUUUCAAUUUUCAUCACGGGUACUUGAGUCAAGAAAAUACAAUCCUAAUUAUCCAAUAAGACAAAGAAAUGUUGUAAAUGAUCAAUCGUAUAGAUAUUCAAAUGUUCAAAACACUUAUCCUUUAAUUAAAAUGAAUUGAAACAUAUUCAUUAUGCCUGGUAUAUAUAUGUAAGCAAGUGUAUGGAUUUGAAACUGGAUAUAUAUUCUGUGCAUUUUGAGACGCCCGAAAUGUAAAUUAAUAUUUAUUUCCAAUAUUCAUGUUGUAUAAUAAAUCAAAUAGGAGGAAACCCGCGCCUGAAUUAAAAUAUGUAAAUUCUUAGACAUUCUAACAAUUCUAACACAUAUCAGUACGCGCAGAUCGUCCGGUAGAGGUUGUUACUAAUAGAGAUUUGAAUACCCUUCUAUUUUAUAUGAAGUGCGAAAUCCACAUACACACAUGUAUUGACAAAAACCAUGCUCAGAGAAAUGUUUAGGUAAUAUCCUUUAAUAAAAAAUGUAUUUUAUGUACAAAGAAAACUCAAUAUUCGAUUUCAUUAACCAAGUUAUUAUAAUACUCAAUAAAUCAUAUACAUUGGAAGUGUUGAAAGUAGACUUGCACUUACUAUUUUGGGACGCCAGUGUUUUCUUAUUCUGUUGCAAUGAUAUAUAAAAAUUAAUUUACCUAAAAUACUUUAUUUUACAUUAGAAAUGAGUUGUACAUAUAUUGCAAUUUAAAACGUUGAAACGAAUGCCGACGUUUAGCGCGUAUAAUGUAAUGGAAACAGCGAUAAUUCCAUACAAAUAGUUAAGGUUAACUUCACUUUCUUCUGUUUGGCGAAAUUUGUAGCUGAAAAUGGUUUUCCUUUUAGUACGACGGCAAAGAUUUCGUUUUUUAAUUUUAAUUUAUUUUUCUUGAAAAUUGUUUUACUUAAUGUAUAACCCUUUUGAAUUAUAUAUCGCAUUUUUUAUCAUAUAUGUAUAAUUGUGUGUAGUAUUAUAGUAAUAUUUAUAUUUUAAUGUAUAUUUAAAUUAUGUUUAGUUGCAAAUCUAUGCAAAUAUAUUUAUUUCUUUUUUUUUAAUAUUUUCGCUUUUUGUUCUAAACCAAUUGUAUCUUUGUUCACGUCUGUCAUUUGUUGAUUGGUAUUAUAACAACGAUCGCGUUAUGAAUAUUUAUAUAUAUAUGUAUGUAUUUUUAUUUACGCUCAUUUCAAUACAAUCCAUCUGCUAAAGCCAGCAAAAUUACAUUAGCAUUGACAGUUAUCAGUGUUACCAUUGCGAUUGUUACGAUCUGUGUUAAGGCGGAUUUGAUCAGGAAACUCAUUGUAUAGUUCAACCUGUAACAGUUUACAUUUAAUAUUCAGAUUAGUAAAACAUUAAUAAGUGACUUAUGUUUCUCAUGUUUACCUCGGCUUCCUGAGCAAGCGCAUUUCUGGCAAUUGUCUGGAAUGCCAAUUCUACAUUAGUGCCAUCCUUCGCUGAUGUUUCAAAAUAUGGCAUAUCAUUUUUAGAUUGACACCAUUGUUGAGCUCGACGAGUAGAUACCUAACAAUACAAAGAACAAUUGUUUGAUUAUAUCACUUUUAUGUUCUUAGUAUUUAUUGAAUUCAAAGUUUACCUGUCGAUUAUCCAUGUCAACUUUAUUGCCAAGCACCACGAAUGGAAAAUGAUCCGGGUCUCUUGGACUAGCCUGUAUCAAAAACUCAUCACGCCAUGAAUCUAGAUUUUUGAAUGAGUUUGGUGAAGUGACGUCGUAUACAAGUACGCAACAGUCAGCGCCACGAUAAAAAGCCACACCCAGAGAUUGAAAACGUUCUUGUCCAGCAGUAUCCCAAAUCUAAGGAUGCAAAUACUAUUACUUCCGACAAUGAACUAAAUGAUUUUUAAUAAAUACACAUACUUGCAUUGUGACUACUCGGUCGUCGGCUAUGACUUCCUUUGUACAGAAAUCAGCUCCGAUCGUUGCUUUGUACUGAUUAGAGAAUCGUUUAUUUAUAUAUUGAUUCAUGAGUGACGUCUUUCCGACGCUACUAUCUCCUAGAAUGAUCACUU